UGUGGCAUAGCAUGGAUUUGACAUCAUCACAGCAUAAUCAUCUAAAAAAUCAAGUGGUCAGAGAAUUCAAAAGACAAGAGGGGGAAAAAGAAGAUGAACAGAUAGUUGCAGAAAUCAUGGGGAGGCGUUUUUUUCCUGAUCAUACAGCUUAUAAGACCUGGGAAGGCUUUCACUUUGCUGGCCAUGAGAUAAGAAUUACAGAAGCCACUGAUUGUUACGGGGCAGUCGUCUGGCCAUCGGCUCUUGUUCUGUGUUAUUUUUUGGAAACUAACUCUAAACAAUGCAAUUUGGUUGACAAAAAUGUGAUUGAAAUUGGAGCUGGAACUGGCUUGGUCUCCAUAGUAGCCAGUUUGCUGGGUGCCUUUGUGACUGCCACAGAUUUGCCAGAACUGCUGGGAAACCUUCAGUACAACAUUCUCCAAAAUACAAAGCAGAAAUGCAAACACCAGCCUUGUGUUAAGGAGUUGUCUUGGGGAAUUGAUCUGGAAAAGAACUUCCCUAGCUCUUCCUGUCACUUUGACUACAUUAUGGCUGCUGACGUAGUUUACUAUCAUCCAUUCCUGGAUGAACUCCUCCUAACUUUUGAUCACUUGUGCAAGAAUGAUACUGUUAUUCUGUGGGCCAUGAAAUUUAGGCUGGAGAAUGAGAACAGAUUUGUGGACAGAUUUCAGACACUGUUUGACUUAGAGAUGAUUUCUAAUUUUCCCAGUUUGAACAUAGCCUUGUAUAAAGCAAUGAGGAAAGGCAGGAUGAAAACCACACCUUCCAAACAGAAGGUCUGAAAGAGAGAUAUAGGGAGGUGACAGUUGUAGCUUUUUAUCUCUUUAAUAAUUUCCAUUAUAGUAGCUGCUGACACUUACAUGAAUGACAUUUCUAGAGACAGGUAAAACAAAUCAUCAAAUUCCUAGUGCAUUCCUAUAAAUUCUUAAAUUCAGUUUGCCAAUUGUGAUAUACACAGAAAAGAUAUAUCUGUGACAUUAUCUUGACUUUUAUGUGCUAAGCUGACAACUCUAAUAACUUUUACAAUUCUUACCAUGAUUGUUAUGGGUCAUAUAAUAAAUAUUUCCAGAAGUUUUCAAUUACAGCUUUGAACAGUCUCUUAUAAGUUUGAACAAUUAUUUAAAACUUUAUACUAUAAAUCUUUGUAUCUACAAGUUUUGGUGUUAAAUCUAAUAUUUCCCCAUUUUUACUAUAAUUUUAAUCCUUCAUUUGAAUACUCUUAAUAGGACAUUAAAUUAGCUGAAAAAACCUCACCACCUGGAAAACAUAUUUUGUGAUAAAGGGAUAGAAUAUAUUAAUUAAUCUUAAUGUAAUGAUUAUGUUUAAUUUUUUACUUUAAAUUUAGGGAUUCUUCAACACAGAGAGCAUAUGAGGCAAGAGGGAUUUAAAUGUUUUAUUGCUUGAACAAAGGUCUUGUAUUGGAAGUGUACAACAACCAGCUGCCCUUUACAAUGACUUUUAAUUCUUGGUCUGGAGCUCUGCUCCUCCAAAAAUAGAUGGUUAUCUGAACCUGAGUGAACAACAAUGGAAAAAGGACAGCAGCAAUCAAGAAAGGAGCUUUGCACUGGUGGCUGCUGGUGGCUGGAGGCAGAAAACCAGCCUGUCACGGUGUGGCUGAGGCAUGGAUAGACUUAGAGAUUUGUUUGUUUUUUUAGUAUGGGCAAACAAAAAACUUUCCUCCUAACCACUCAGUACUGCAUGCUCCUGUUUUCAGUGGUCUACCUGAGAGUUUUCUUUUGGGUAGGUUAAUAAAAUUUUUCUUUCCACACACCAUAUUUUCUGAUUCUGUUUGUAGUUGAUUUUGAGGCCUUCAAGUCUCUUUCAGGCUAGAGAAGAGAGCUUUAACACUGCUCCUGUAGCAGGCAACUGCCCUAGUAAUGUGGAGGCUCUGGGGACUGUCAGUCUUUAUCUUUUAACUCCUAUUUGUAUUCUCUCAGGGGUUUUUUAUUUUUUGUUGUUGACUUCUUGAACAUGCUAUUGUUUUUAUCUUUCAUUGUGGCAGAUGCAUGCUACUUAUUUACUCUGGCACAAGUCUGGGGCAGAACUGUGGUAAAUGUGAUGUGGAAUGCACUUUUUGUCCCAGCUGAACAUUGGGGCCCAGUGUUAGAGGCGAAGAAGUGCAGAGAGGAGAGGCUGAUCUGCCAAACUUUUCCAGUGGGAGCUGGAUUUCCUAGGGCAUCCUUGGUGAAACACAAAGGGUGACCCUAGGAUAAAACUAAAGCAAUCAGUAGCAUGUCCUAGCCCAGAAGCAAAUGAAAAGAAAGGGAAUGAAGUCUAUUUUUUACCACUCCUGCUGAGAAAUCACAUGUGAGAUUUUUGGCUUGGAGUUUAUUAGAGAAAAAUCUAACCCUCAUCAGUAAAUUUCCUGUGACAAAAUUUGUAGAGGUAGAAUCCUUUAUUGGAUCAAUCAGUAUAGCUAGAAAAUUAAACUCUAUACAAGCUGACAGGGAGUAUUACACCUCCUUACAGAAGUUACUGCGCCUAUGCCCUUGGAUAAUUACAGCUGUAGAAAAACAGACUGCAGAAUGGAAAUAUUUGGAAAUAAUUUUCUUUCUCCAUUGUGUAAUAGAAAUAGUUUAGUGUAAGCAAAUAAAGAAACAAUCAGGGAUUUCUGCCAUUGUUUGAUUUCCUCUCCCUCUCUCCCUGCUUCCUUCCUCUUAAUUUGCUUGCAAUCAUCGAAUCUUCUGCAAUUGUAGCCAUAAUCCUUGUAUCUGAAAUGGCAUCUCAGUCUACAAGUGUUUCAUGGGUAAAUGGAUUGUCACUAUCAUUAGUCAAAUGACCUUGUGAACUCCAAAAUGACGAAGGCAAAAGAGGAAGACUACAGCAAAGCCGUUAAGUGUGAUCACUUUUAAAUAGCUGUCCUGCUGACUAGCCCUCCUGUUUGAGCCACAGACUGACCCCUGCUGAGCUUCUGCUGAAUUCAACAGGAGAUGUGUUUGUCAAAUGGAGUCAGGAUUCAGCACUUUAGGCCCAACAGCUUGUUAAUAUGUACUGGAAUGUAACAUCAGCUCUCUUUCUCACAAGUCUGCCUAGCACUGCUGUGUGAAGCUUCCUGGGAAAUCGCUGGUGACUGGCUGCUCUAUUGUACAGCCACCCUUUGUCCUCUGCUGUGACGGGCAGGUUAUUAGCUAUGACCAGUGGAGGGUGAGCUUGUAUUUGGCAUUUGCCUACAGAGUUUAUUUCUGCUCUCUGAGAAUAAGUCUUACAUAAAUGCCAAGUAUUACUGACCCCUAAAGUCAGUCAUAAUUUUAAUAACCACUCAUUCUUUGUUCCAAUAGCUCAGAUAAAGGAUCAAACUGUCAUUCAGUGCAUUAUAUUGCUAAUACAGAUGGCAUUUGUAGCUGUAGUCUCUGAAAGGCAGGGGACAAGAAGGUCAGUUAAAUUUGUGGGUGAAAGAGCUCCGCUUUUAAAGAAUGCCAGAGGAUCUGCCUAUGCUAGCAGGCUUUUACAGUCUCUUAUAGGGUGUUAUAAUAAAAUAAAACUAAUUUAAGAGAUAAUAAGAGAUAGGUGUAGGUUCAAUCCAUUCCAUGGGUUUUAUGUAUUUCAACCUAAGAGCAGCAGUAUAUUUAAGUAACUUGAUAGUAGUUGCAAAGUUUUCCACAAACAGUAUGUUUUUCAAGUGCAUGUGUUUUCUGGAAGGGUUCUUUUUGAAUGAGUGCAUGUAGAAUUAUUACAGUGAUUUACUUUGUUGCUUAUUUUAUGUUUUCAUCAAGGUUUUUACAAAUCUUUGCCAUUUUCCUCUCAGAAUUAAAGAA